CCCACCACCCCCACCGCCCACACGCUCCCCGAGGCAGGAGCACACAACCCACACUCGCCUUCACUGCUCAGCUCGCCCCCUCCCCGUAUUCACCACUACCACCACCCCAGUUAAAAUAGCCCGGUCACCCGCUCGCCUCGUAUCGUCCACCUCUGCUCAAAGGGAAGAAGUUAAAACCCCAAGAAACCUUCGUCGGCGCUUCGUCUCCUGUAGCUGUAGGAGGCCAGGGAGAGACCGGGAUGGAGAGGAUGGAGAGGUGCGGGAGCUGGGAGUGCGACGCCGCGGCGCAGGCGGCCGCGCAGAAAGCGGUGCCGGCGCCGUUCCUGACCAAGACGUACCAGCUGGUGGACGACCCGGCCACGGACCACAUCGUCUCCUGGGGGGACGACCGGGUGUCCACCUUCGUCGUCUGGCGCCCGCCGGAGUUCGCGCGCGAUAUCCUCCCCAACUACUUCAAGCACAACAACUUCUCCUCCUUCGUCCGCCAGCUCAACACCUACGGCUUCCGGAAGGUCGUGCCGGAGCGGUGGGAGUUCGCGAACGAGUUCUUCCGGAAGGGAGAGAAGCAGCUUCUCUGCGAGAUCCACCGGCGCAAGACGUCGGCGUCCACGGCGUCGCCGUCGCCCCCGCCCUUCUUCGCGCCGCCGCACUUCCCGCUGUUCCACCCGGGCGCCCCGCACCACCACCCGUUCGUGGGCGGGGACGACGGGGUAGCGGUGGCGGCCGCGCACGGCAUGGGCGUCGCGUUCCCGCACCCGCACUGGCGGGAGCCGCACGCCGCCGCGCCGGUGGCCACGCGGCUCUUGGCCCUGGGCGCUCCCCCGGCGCCGUCGCCGCUGCUGCCCACCGAGGGCGCGGGCGGCGCCGGGUCGGGGCGCGCGGCCACCGCGGCCGUGCUGAUGGAGGAGAACGAGCGGCUGCGGCGUAGCAACACGGCGCUGCUGCAGGAGCUGGCGCACAUGCGCAAGCUCUACAACGACAUCAUCUACUUCGUGCAGAACCACGUGCGCCCCGUGGCGCCCAGCCCGGCCGCCGCCGCGUUCCUGCAGGGCCUCGGCCUGCAGGCGCGCAGCAAGAAGCCCGCGACACCCGCCGUGGCCGCCGGGCUCAACAACUCCGGCGGGAGCACCACGUCCAGCAGCUCGCUCACCAUCGCCGAGGAGCCCUCGCCCCCGCCGCAGCACGCCGACAAGAGCGGCGGCGGCGGGGAAGCCGGCAGCAGCGGCACCGCGCGCUCCGCCGCGGCCGCCGCGCCCACCAUGCUGUUCGGCGUGCGCCUCAGCGCCGACACGAGCGGCGCGGGCACCAAGAGGCCGGCUUCCCCUGAGGAGGUAGACGAGCCGGCCACGUCGCAUGCCAGGAAGCCGCGGCUGGCGCUGGAGGGCGCCGACCUAAGCCUGAGCGUGGCGGCGCCGUCCGCCGCCUCGUCCCCAGCUAGCACUAGCUAGUCGGCUAGCUAACUCACCUGGCCUGCGCCCAUAAGCAAACGCAUGCUGGUGCAUGCAGCGGCGGGCGCGGCCGUUUUGUUGUUCUAGCUCUAGCUCUAGUUCGAUCGACGUGUUCCGUUCCAACUGGUAGAUGGGAUCGCUUCUUUUUGGUUGAUGUCUUUUGGUUAGGGUUCUACUGCUAAUUGCACCGCUGUGCCAAGCACUCGCAACUAGUGCCAUCGAUCCGAUCGGUCCUCCGGGAGAACUAAUCAAUGCCAUGCAAGUUGUUGUACAGAAGUAGUAGUUGCAGACUAGCAGCUGAGCUAGCCAUUCUGAUUGAUAUCCAGGGCGAGCAGAGAGGGCAAUCUUUUGGGCGACGAGUCCGGAAAGAGAUCUCUCUUUCAUUCAAUUAAA